AUGGCUUCCAGCGGCGCCCGGCGCUGGCAACAGCUUGUUCAGGAGCUGAUUUUGAUUGCUGGCACAUCCCUAUCGACAUAUUUCGUAGUUCGAUUUUUACUCUCUAAACUCGAACUUGACCCAGACAGCCAAAAACGCGAAGAAGCGAAACGGAAGUCUGCGGCGGUGCUGAAACGGUUGGACCGGGAGGAAGACUCCGACAAUGAAUCCUCAGGGAGCGGGAAGAAGAACGGUCAACGACGACAACGGAAGGAGAAGCUAGUCUUGACUCAGUAUGAACAGACAAUUGCUAUGGACGUCGUUGCACCAGAGGAUAUUCCCGUGUCAUUUGAUGACAUCGGUGGCCUUGAAGACAUUAUCGAAGAGUUGAAGGAAUCGGUUAUAUACCCACUUACCAUGCCCCAACUAUAUCGAACCUCGUCCUCCUUGCUCAGCGCACCAUCCGGCGUUCUACUCUACGGACCCCCAGGAUGUGGAAAGACUAUGCUGGCCAAGGCUCUUGCACAUGAGAGCGGCGCCUGUUUCAUAAAUCUACACAUCUCGACCUUGACAGAGAAGUGGUAUGGAGACUCGAACAAAUUGGUUAAUGCAGUUUUUUCACUUGCCCGGAAGCUGGAACCGAGUAUCGUCUUCAUUGACGAGAUCGAUGCGGUCUUGGGGACACGACGCAGCGGUGAGCACGAGGCCAGCGGUAUGGUGAAGGCCGAAUUCAUGACCCACUGGGAUGGGCUAACAUCUGCCAAUGCCAUGGGCCAGCCGCAGAGAGUUCUUCUUCUUGGUGCCACCAACCGGAUCCAGGAUAUUGACGAGGCUAUAUUAAGGCGAAUGCCAAAGAAGUUCCCUGUCACCUUACCUCUGGCACCUCAAAGACGAAGAAUCCUUAGUCUUGUUCUAAAAGACACGAAGAUAGACGAGAACGAUUUUGACGUAUUAUAUCUUGUCAAGGUCAUGGAGGGGAUGUCGGGAAGCGACAUAAAAGAGGCCUGCAGAGAUGCUGCCAUGGUUCCUGUCAGAGAGCUGAUUCGACACAAACGAGAAGCUGGAGCCAUGAUACACUCUGUUGACCCAGCUGAGGUCCGGGGAGUCAGGACAACCGACUUCUUCAAGAGAGCCGGCGCAGUGAAGUCAACAAUAAGCACCAACUCCCCAGCUAUUAGAAAUUCGAUAUCCGAAAAGGACUGGAGUACCGAGUCAGAGCAGGGCGAAAUGGCUGAGAAAGCUGCUGCCGACCCUGUAGCAGAGGGACUGGACUAG